GGGUCAGCAAAAUGAUCCGCCGAUCGCGUUUCCUUUACGUCUUUGGCGCGGCGGUCCUGUUCUUGAUCUUCCACUCCGCACGCACUUCCUACGACGCAAGCUCCUCCUUCCAAUGGCCGCUCGAGCCCGGGCAUGCACCGCAUCGUCCGCCACAGCAUGGAGGACCGAAGGGUCCAGUAGUGUUUGACGAUGAGGAUCUCGCGUUCGGUGAAGGCGUGGGCGACGGUUUGGAUAAUGAUGAUUACGGCAUGGGCCCGCCCGUGGUCCAGCCUCCGCCGCAUUUACUUCCGGGGAUCGGGAGCGGUGGUACGCAGCCGUUACCGGUGGAUAUUGAGCCCGUUAUACCUGGGCAGGAGAAGUAUCCCGUCCCCAGUGGAUCCGUGAUUUCGCUUCCUACAGCCGCAACAAAGGCUCUCCCUCAUGUGCAGCAUGUAUUCGAGGCGGAGACUGAGGCCGAGAAGAUUGAGAGGUUAAAGAGGCGCGAGGAGAUCAAGACAGUAAUGGUGAGGGAUUGGAGUGCGUAUAAGAAGUAUGCAUGGGGUCACGAUGAACUUGCGCCAGUCACCAACACGCCGAAGGAUCCGUAUGCUGGUUGGGCGGCGACUAUCGUUGAUGCGCUCGAUACGCUGAUCAUCAUGGAUCUUGACGAUGAGUAUGAAGCCGCUAAGCAUUUCGUAAGCGGACUAGACUUCUCUUCGAGCAGGGCGCAGUUCAUCCCGGUCUUUGAGACUACUAUUAGGUAUCUCGGUGGAUUAUUAAGCGCGUAUGAUCUUAGUGGCGGGAAAGAUAAGGUUCUCUUGGAGAAAGCUACAGAGUUGGGAAACAUGCUUAUGGGCGCGUUUGACACCCCUAACAGGAUGCCGAUCCUGAAGUACGACUGGCGGAAUGCACCCUCGCAACGUCUCCGCUCCGAGACGAACGCGGUGGCUGCCGAACUUGGAUCUUUGACUCUCGAGUUUACUCGUUUGGCUCAGCUGACGGGACAGGAUAAGUUCUUUGAUGCUGUGCAGCGGGUUACGGAUUCGUUGGAAGUCUUCGCGAAAUAUAACUCGUCCAUCGAGGGGUUGUUCCCGUUGAGGUUUGACGCGAGUGGCUGUAGGCUACACGGAGGCGAGGAGGAGAUCAAGACUCCUCUUCCACCUCCGCCGCCUCCGGCUGGGGUGUUCGCGAAGACGGAAGAUGAUGUCAAGGCAGAGCAAGGGAUGGGUCGUCUUGUGAAGCGUCUGAGUGGGCAUGCACCCGAGUGGCCAAGCGAUGCAGAGAGGAAGGCAGCCGGCUAUGGAGACCUCGCUCCCUUCAACGGUGCCAAAGCCGCUACUGGACCAGAGUUCUCCUCCAACAAGCACAUUCCACAGCGUAAGGUUGGUACGGGAGCCGGUAAAGGGAACGGUGAGGGUGCGUUUUUGCCGCCUUCUUACCCUGUGAACAAGAAAGUCCAGUGCGAGGAAGUUGGAUUGAGGGCGUGGGGCUCAUCGCAGAAGUACUCCGUGGCGGGUAUGAUUGACUCCUUGUACGAAUAUUUGAUCAAGGAGCAUGCAUUGCUUGGGGGUGCCGUUGGUCAAUAUGCUGCCAUGUACACGACCGCCGUGGAAGCGAUCAAGGAGAACAUUCUGUUCAAGCCUGAAUUCUCCGAUAACGCGAAUGUUCUCCUCGCGGGACAGGUCACUAUCAACCCGAACGAAGGCAAGAGAUCAUUCCAGCCCGAAAUGCAGCACUUGACGUGUUUCAUUGGCGGAAUGUUUGGUCUUGGUAGUAAGUUGCUGGGGAGGGAGGCUGAUCUCGCCAUCGCGGAGAAGUUGACGGAGGGUUGUGUGAAGGGUUAUGAGGUGAUGGAGACGGGGAUUAUGCCGGAGAUCUUUCUGGCGAAAUACCAGGGGAGUCCGAUGACUACUACCAAGAAAGAUAAGCUGGCGGAGAAGACUGAAGGUGCGAAACUCGACGUCGACGAAGCUAAGGCUGAGAUGAAGGAGGUCAAGAUAGCCAUCGGUGCCGGUGCCGGUGCCGUAGAGGGUCGUGAGGCACCGAAGAACGCCACAGCAGGUACUACAGAGGAAAGCACAGAGGACACGUGGGGCUCUGCCCUUCACGGCAAGGUCGAAAAGGACAAGCGUGCUCUGGUUGACUUGUCGCCUGACAUGGACCUUACUUCGCUGACUGACGACGAAGUCCGCUCCAUCUACGCAGAGUACCAGCAAGCCGCCCAAGAUGACAUCGCCACCAAAGCCCAGGCCAAGAAGCAAGGAUCGCAACUGGGCCCCCCUACUUUCAAGACCACUUCGAAUGCGAACGGAGAAGUGGAGCGGAUCGUGGACCCGAAGUACAUCCUAAGACCGGAGGCGAUCGAGAGCGUGUUUUACAUGUGGAGGAUCACGGGCGACAAGAAGUGGAGGGAAAAGGGGUGGAAGAUGUGGAAGGCCAUUGAGACAGCAACGCGCUCGAGCACAGCACAUUCGGCCAUCUCCAACGUUGACAACAAGACCCCGGUCUUGACGAACUCUAUGGAAUCAUUCUGGUUCGCUGAAACGCUUAAGUAUUUCUAUCUUCUCUAUUCUGAGCCGAGCUUGAUCUCGCUGGACGAGUAUGUGCUCAACACUGAGGCUCAUCCGUUAAGAAGGCCUGUCGUUUAA